AUGGGUGCCCCUCCCCCUCCCAGCCAAUGUCACCUCCCGGGGCCCAGUCCCCCACAGGCCAGGAUUACCCUCCAAGAUCCAGGCCACAUGGCCAAUGACAUCACUGCCAGCCGGGGCUUAAAGUCUCCCCAUGUGAGGGGACCCGUCUCCUUCAGCCUCUGCCAUCUGACAACUGUCCUGGACGUGGGCCCUGUCCCUCCAUCUGCAGGCCCACUCACCUGGUCCCCGGUGUCCGCGAAGAUCAUGAUGGCGUAUAUGAACCCGGGGCCCCACUAUUCCGUCAGCGCCUUGGCCCUGAGCGGCCCCAGCGUGGAUCUGAUGCACCAGGCUGUGUCCUAUCCGAGCGCCCCAAGAAAGCAGCGGCGGGAGCGGACCACCUUCACCCGGAGCCAGCUGGAGGAGCUGGAGGCCCUGUUUGCCAAGACCCAGUACCCAGAUGUGUACGCCCGCGAGGAGGUGGCCCUGAAAAUCAAUCUGCCGGAGUCCAGGGUUCAGGUUUGGUUCAAGAACCGCAGGGCUAAGUGCAGACAGCAGCGGCAGCAGCAGAAACAGCAGCAGCAGCCCCCAGGGGCGCAAGCCAAGGCUCGUCCUGCCAAGAGGAAGGCGGGCACAUCCCCAAGGCCCUCCACUGAUGUCUGUCCAGACCCCCUGGGCAUCUCAGAUUCCUACAGCCCCCCUCUGCCUGGCCCCUCAGGCUCCCCCACCGCGGGAGUGGCCACUGUGUCCAUUUGGAGUCCAGCCUCAGAGUCCCCUUUGCCGGAGGCCCAGAGGGCUGGGCUAGUGGCCUCAGGGCCUUCUCUGACCUCAGCACCCUAUGCCAUGACCUACGCCCCAGCCUCUGCUUUCUGCUCUUCCCCCUCAGCCUAUGGGUCUCCCAGCUCCUUCUUCAGUGGCCUGGAUCCCUAUCUUUCUCCCAUGGUGCCCCAGUUGGGGGGCCCGGCUCUUAGCCCCCUUUCUGGCCCCUCCAUGGCACCCUCCCUGGCCCAGUCACCCACCUCCCUGUCAGGCCAGAGCUAUGGCGCCUACAGCCCUAUGGACAGCUUGGAAUUCAAGGACCCUACAGGCACCUGGAAAUUUGCCUACAACCCCAUGGAUCCUCUGGACUACAAAGAUCAGAGUGCCUGGAAGUUUCAGAUCUUAUAG